AUGGCGGCCUUUCGACUUGCAUGCACAACAGGCGUGCUACUGCUCUGGCAGACUGCCAUUGUGGUGUCUGGGCCUCUGCCUCUGCCUCUGCCUCUGCCUGCAGCCAGCGCCAACCAACCACAAGUCGUUCUCGACAAACCUCCUUUGCCUGCACCUGCGGCGCCUGCCGCUGGCCCACGGAAGCUGCAGGGCAAGUUCCUGCAUAUCACUGAUCUGCAUCCAGAUGAGUUCUACAAGGUGCAUUCAUCCACCGACGAGGAGGCGGCCUGCCAUCGUGGAGAUGGCCCCGCAGGCACUUACGGCGCUGAGACAUCCGACUGCGACACCCCCUUCAGUCUCAUCAACGCGACAUUCGACUGGAUAGCGGAAAACAUCGCGGACGAUAUCGAUUUUGUCAUUUGGACCGGAGAUUCGGCUCGCCAUGAUUCUGAUGAACGCAUACCACGCUCACCAGCUCAGGUUCUGGGCACCAACCGCUGGAUUGCCGACAAGUUCGCAGAGGUGUUUGCCAAUCCCGAAGGACCCAAGGCGUUGGCCGUCCCUGUGAUCCCGACUCUGGGAAACAAUGAUAUCCUACCACACAACAUUCUGCUUCCGGGCCCCAACAAAUGGCUGCAGUACUAUACCGAUAUCUGGAAGAACUUCAUACCCGAGGAGCAGCGCCACAGCUUCGAGUUUGGUGGCUGGUUCUACGUCGAGGUCAUCCCCCACAAGCUCGCCGUAUUCAGUCUUAACACGCUCUAUUUCUUCGACAGGAAUGCUGGUGUUGACGACUGCGCUCAACCAUCCGAGCCCGGCUUUAAACAGAUGGAAUGGCUGCGCAUUCAACUGCAAUUCAUGCGUCUCCGGGGCAUGAAGGCCAUCAUGAUGGGUCAUGUGCCGCCCGCCCGGACUGAUAGCAAGCAACUCUGGGAUGAGACUUGCUGGCAGAAAUACACCCUCUGGCUUCAACAAUAUCGAGAUGUCGUUAUUGGUGGCACCUACGGCCACAUGAAUAUUGAUCACUUCCUGAUCCAGGACACAAAACAGAUCAACUUAGACACUGCCGAUGCUGAAGCAGAGACGAUGUCACUCGUUCGAGAAGCAAUGGAGGGCGAACUCUCGGUGGCUUCGACUGCUGAAUACCUUCAGGAACUUCGAGAUGGCUGGUCAAAGCUUCCUCGACCUGUUUUGUACGCUGAAGAUAUGGGUGAGCUCAAGAAGAAGAAGAAGAAGAAGAAGAACAAAGGAAAAAACGGCAAAAAGCAUAAAAAGAAGCUCGGAGGUCGGUGGGCAGAACGAUACCAGUUGUCUCUGAUCAGCCCCAGUAUCGUACCUAAUUAUUUCCCAACCCUUCGCGUGGUCGAGUAUAACAUCUCCGGGCUCGAAAACGCCAUACCCUGGGCCGCUUCGACGGAGCAGUUACCAAUAACUGAAGAUUCAUCCUCGCUUGAUAUUUCAGGCGACCAGAUGCCACUGGAACUACGAUCCCUAGAAGAUGCUGACUUUGGCGCUUUAAAGAAGAAGCAGGAAAAGAAGAAGGGCAAGAAGCCAGAAAGUGACAAAAAGAAGGGAGGAAAAGAUAAGGAUCCCAACCUAAUUGUGCCGGAUCCCCCAGCAAAAUCAUCUCCUCCGGGGCCCGCCUAUUCACCGCAGCCCUUGACCUUCACUGGCUACACACAGUACUAUGCCAACUUGACACAUAUCAACAACGAUUAUAAGUCCUUGGGCACGGGGCCUCAAAAUAAUCGCUGGCAGGACGGCAAGCACCGGGACAAGAAGCCUCCGCAGAAACCUGCGAAGCCACGUACCUUCAAGUUCGAGGUCGAAUACACCACUUUCGACGACAAGCUGUAUAAUUUGACCGAUCUAACGGUCAAUAGCUUCAUAGAUUUGGCGUUUCGCAUGGGCCAACGACAGUCCAAGUCGAAGGCUAUCAUAGAGGAAUCAGAGACCAUGGGUGAAGUGGUCGAUGAUGAGAUUACCGAUGAUGAGUUCAUGAUGGAUAUGUUUGAGGAGGAACUUGAGGAAGCGGACGAGGAUGGAGAAGUCGAUACGCAGGGUAAGGGAGGGAAGAAAGGAAAGAAGGGCGGAAAGAAGAAGAAGAAGAAGAGGCAUAAUAAGGUGUGGCUGCAUUUUCUCCAGCAUGCAUUCGUUGGUACAGUGGAUGAUAACGAGCUCAAGAAGCUCUCGUAG